GACGUGCUGCCCUCGGACCCCGCCAUGCAGGAGGAGAUCUUCGGGCCCGUCCUGCCCAUCGUCGUGGUGGCCAAUAUGGACGAAGCCAUCGACUUCAUCAACGCGCGGCCGCGGCCGUUGGCUCUCUACGUCUUCUCCUGUGACUGCAAGGUGGUGAACCAGGUCCUGGAGAGGACGAGCAGCGGCGGCUUCUGCGCCAACGACACCCUGAUGCACGUGACGUUGACCUCGCUGCCCUUCGGUGGGGUUGGAAACAGCGGCUUGGGGAAAUACCACGGCAAGUUCACCUUCGACACCUUCACCCACCACCGGGCCUGCCUGCACCGCAACAUGGGCCUGGAAGCCCUCAAUGCCCCGCGAUACCCCCCCUACAACGAGCAGAAGCUGGGGCUGCUCAAGGCCGCCUUCGAAAUCAAGCGCAGGGGCAUGGCAGCCAGGCUUCUCCUUGACCUCGCUUCUCCUCCCAACGUGCUGAGCCACCCGUUCUUCGAAGCCGAAUUCUCCGAGAUCAUCCUCUGCAAGAACGAGCUCCACGAGACCCUGAACAACCUGGGCCACUGGGUGAAGGACGAGCACGUGGAAAGGAACCUGGUGACGCAGCUGGACUCGGCCUUCAUCCGCAAGGAGCCCUACGGGGUGGUGCUCAUCAUCGCGCCCUGGAAUUACCCCGUCCACCUCCUCCUGGUGCCUCUCAUCGGGGCCAUCGCUGCUGGUAACUGCGUCGUUAUCAAACCCUCCGAGACCACCAAGAACACCGAGAGACUUGACUGCUUCGCCGUGGUGACCGCGGGCGUGGAGGAGACCACCCAGCUGCUGGAGAACAAAUUCGACUACAUCUUCUUCACCG